GCCCUCGACAACGAGCAGCUGCUGCUCAGGGGCUGCAUCAUCCGGAACACCGACUGGUGCUUCGGGCUGGUCAUCUUCGCCGGGCCAGAUACCAAGCUGAUGCAAAACAGCGGAAGAACCACUUUGAAACGGACAAGCAUUGAGCGCCUUAUGAACUUCUUGGUCUUGGUGAUCUUUGUCUUUUUGGCGAUCAUGUGUUUGAUCCUCGCCAUUGGCAGCUGUAUCUGGGAAUACAGACAGGGCUACCAGUUCCAGGUGUACCUGCCCUGGGCAACCGAUGUCCACUCAGCAUUUUUCUCUGCGUUUCUUGUGUUCUGGUCAUAUGUCAUCAUCCUCAACACUGUGGUGCCCAUUUCUCUCUAUGUCAGCGUUGAGAUCAUCCGUCUGGGCAACAGCUUUUACAUUGACUGGGACCACAAGAUGUACUACCCAGCCCAAGACAUGCCUGCCCAGGCCCGCACCACCACCCUCAAUGAGGAGCUGGGGCAGAUCAGAUACAUCUUUUCAGACAAAACAGGGACCCUCACUCAGAAUAUUAUGGUCUUCAACAAAUGCUGCAUCGCUGGAAAGGUCUACGGAGAUAUUUUUGAUUCAGAUGGAGACCUGGUGGAGGAUGUUGAGACCAUGGAGAAAGUUGACUUCUCAUGGAACCCAUUGGCUGACCCCAAGUUUGUCUUCUACGACCACAGCCUGGUUAAAGCGGUGAAGGCCAGGGAUGAGCCCGUACACAGGUUCUUCCGCCUCCUUUCCCUCUGCCACACGGUGAUGCCAGAAGAAACAAAGGAGGGUGUGUUGGUGUACCAAGCCCAGUCCCCCGAUGAGGGUGCGUUGGUGACUGCAGCCAGGAACUUUGGCUUCGUGUUUCGUGCCCGCACCCCCACAACCAUCACUGUGGUGGAAAUGGGGGAGAUCCUAGUUUAUGAGCUGCUUGCUAUUCUGGACUUCAACAAUGUGCGCAAAAGGAUGUCGGUCAUCGUGCGAAAUCCGAGGGGCAGGCUGACUCUGUACUGCAAAGGUGCCGACACCAUCCUGUAUGAGCUCCUCCACCCUUCCUGCAGGCGCCUCAAGGAAGAAACCACCGAGCACCUGGAUGAGUUUGCAGGGGAGGGCUUGCGGACCUUGGUCGUGGCUUACCGGGACCUGGAGGAGCUCUACUUUGAGGACUGGCAGCAGCGUCACCACCAGGCGAGCACAGACUUGGAAGACCGAGAGGGAAAGCUGUCUGAACUGUAUGAGGAGAUUGAGAGAGACCUGCUGUUACUUGGUGCCACUGCCAUUGAGGACAAGCUGCAGGACGGUGUUUCCCAGACGAUUGAGAUCUUGGAAAAGGCACAUAUUAAGAUCUGGGUGCUCACCGGCGACAAGGAAGAGACUGCGGUGAACAUUGGCUACUCCUGCAACAUGCUGUAUGAUGCCAUGAAGGACAUCUUCUUCAUCCACGGCAACAGCUCAGAGGAAGUGCAGCAGGAGCUCAGGAAAGCAAGGGACAGGAUACAAGUGGAGGCUGCCACGAAGGAGGACGAGGUUGACAUCCACACCGUGAAGUCCAGCUGCUGCAGCUUCUGGAACAAAGAGCCAGCCGCUGGAGAGUACGGCCUGAUAAUUAACGGGCACAGCUUGGCCUACGCGCUGGAGGGGGAGCUGGCGGAAGAGCUGGUGAACACAGCCUGCCUGUGCAAAACGGUGAUCUGCUGCCGGGUGACUCCUCUGCAGAAGGCCCAAGUGGUGGGGCUGGUGAAGAAGUACAGGAACGCCGUCACCCUGGCCAUCGGGGAUGGCGCCAAUGACGUCGGCAUGAUCAAGACUGCCCACAUCGGCGUUGGCAUCAGCGGCCAGGAGGGGAUGCAGGCGGUGCUGUCCAGUGACUUCUCAUUCGCACAGUUCCGCUACCUGCAGCGGCUGCUCCUGGUCCACGGCCGGUGGUCGUACAUCCGCAUGUGCAAGUUCCUGUCCUACUUCUUCUACAAAAACUUUGCCUUCACGCUGGUGCACUUCUGGUACGGCUUCUUCUCCGGCUUCUCUGCCCAGACCGUGUACGAUGAAUGGUUCAUCACCCUUUACAACAUGGUGUACACCUGUUUGCCAGUGCUUGGAAUGAGCCUCUUUGACCAGAUAGAAUCUCCAGUAUUUUCUCAGGGUUGGACCCAACUGGGCAGAGCCAGGCAAGGUGAUGAUGUGAACGAUCGCUGGAGCCUGCAGUUCCCCCAGCUGUAUGCGCCUGGCCAGCAGAAUUUGUACUUCAACAAAAAGGAAUUUGCCAAGUGCAUCAUGUACAGCAUAUACAGCUCUCUGGUGCUUUUCUUCAUCCCAUACGGAACCAUUCUUGACUCUGUACGGAGUGAUGGGAAGGACGCUGCUGAUUACCAGUCCUUCGCCCUCAUGGCGCAGACCUGUCUGCUCAUCGUGGUGUCGGUCCAGAUGGGCUUGGACACGGCCUACUGGACGGCUGUGAACCAGCUCUUCAUCUGGGGCAGCCUGGCAGUCUACUUCGCCAUCACCUUCACCUUGUACAGCGACGGCACGUACCUGACGUUCACGUCCUCCUUCCCCUUCGUCGGCACGGCCCGGAACACCCUCAACCAGCCCAAGGUGUGGCUCUCCGUCUGCCUCUGCGUGAGCCUCUGCGUCCUGCCGAUCGUCGGCUUCCGGUUCCUGAAGAUGCAGCUCAAGCCAACCCUCAGUGACAAGGUCUUGCGCAGGGUGAAGGAGCUCCGCAAAGCCCCCGCGCCCCCCACCCUGAAGAGGUAUCUGCAGCGCAGCGCGUCCCGCCGCUCCGGCUAUGCUUUCUCCCACCAGCAGGGCUUCGGGGCCCUCAUCACUUCUGGGCGGAACAUGCGCCCCAAAUCCCCCUUCGGCGGCUCGGGGACUUUCUCGCCCUACACCGAGAAGUACCGGCUGAGGUUCGAAAGAAAAGAGCAAGGCGCUUCGUAACACUGCCAGCGUGCGGGUCUGACCACGGAGACCGGCUGGGGGGCUGGAUGGGACCCUCGCUUUCGCUUGCAACCGGCUGCCUCCUGAGAUGGGACCUUUGGGGUGUGGGGUGCUGCGGGCAGCGGGGCGGGUUCAGAGAGCCCCAUGGUGAAUCCCCCACCCGUUCACAGCCCCCUCCCCCCGCAGAGGAAGCCGGAU